AUGCCACAGCCAACCGACAUCCCCUUGUUUGCGAGCACGCAACUGACGCUCCUCUCCGCCGAGCUGGAAGCCGAGCUCUCAGAAACCAACGAGCGCCUCACGUCGCACACACCCUCAGCACUAGCGCGCGCAGGCCUCGCAAUCCUAAACCUUAACAUCACCUCUAUACGCACAGGGUUGGGCGGCAAAACCGUGCUCGAGCUCGGACUCGACGGCGCUGUCGUAAACAAAGGCGCGGCCCCGGAUAUCCCUGAACACGGGAUCCGUGUGGGGGAUAUCGUGGCGGUGCAGGAGCAGGUGGGUGCGAGUGCGAAGAAAAGGGAGAAGAGGGAGGCGGCGAAGAGGGGGAUCGAGGGCGUGGUGUUGAAGGUACGACGGGAGAAUGUCGAGGUUGUGCUGGAUAAGGAGGAUGACGAUGGGGUGACGGGGGGAGGCAGGUUGUGGAUAGUCAAGUUGGCGAACGAUGUUACAUACAAGCGGAUGAACCAGACUAUGGGCAGGCUACAGAAGCUAGGGGAUCAGGACUAUUCACCCUUCAUGCGGGUGUUGUUUGGACAGGCGUCGCCGUCCCCACUACCGAGGGAUCUUAAUGAUCCUUCGAACCCGCUUCACAAACUCGAGUGGAUCGAUCCUUCCCUGAAUGAUAGUCAGAAAGAAGCGAUUAGGUUUGCAUUAGCCUCGAGAGAGGUCGCUCUCAUUCACGGACCACCAGGCACAGGCAAGACGCAUACGCUUAUCGAGUUGAUCUUGCAGUUGCUCAAGCAAAAACUACGUCUGCUAGUAUGUGGUCCGUCCAAUAUAUCAGUGGACAAUAUUGUCGAGCGGCUAGCCUCUCACAAGGUACCCAUGGUGCGCUUGGGACAUCCAGCGCGGCUACUGCCCUCAGUCCUCAGCCACUCUCUAGACGUACUCACACGGACUUCAGAAGCAGCUGCAUUGGUAGAAGAUGUGCGCAAAGAAAUGGAUGAAAAACAGGCAUCGAUUCGCAAGACGCGUAAUGCAAAGGAGCGACGACAGAUCUACACUGAGCUGAAAGAGCUGCGUCAAGAGUUCCGAGAGCGAGAAAAGGGAUGCGUCAAUAACCUGGUCACGAGCAGCAAGGUAGUGCUGGCCACAUUGCACGGCGCAGGUGGAUUCCAUAUCAAGGGGCAAGAGUUUGACGUUGUUAUCGUGGAUGAGGCAAGUCAGGCAUUGGAAGCACAAUGCUGGGUGCCGCUUCUGUGGACAAAGGUGAACAAACUGGUACUUGCAGGAGACCAUCUCCAGCUCCCGCCUACGAUUAAGUCCCUGAACUCCAAGGAGGCCAAGACGGCCAAAAAGAGCAAGGACAAGAAGACUAAGGAUGCAGAGGAUAAUGCGGAUAGAUCCAUGUUAAAGCAAGGAGAAGGUAUAACACUGGAGACGACACUGUUCGAUCGACUUCUGGCCUUGCACGGCCCGUCGAUCAAGCGUAUGCUAACGACGCAAUACCGAAUGCAUGAGAAGAUCAUGCGCUUUCCGUCCGACGAACUUUACGAUUCGAAACUUGUGGCUGCGGAAUUUGUCAAGGCGCGAUUACUCAAGGACCUGAAGUACGAGGUGCAGGAGACAGAAGACACUACGGAGCCGCUCGUCUUCUGGGAUACCCAAGGCGGAGAUUUUCCCGAAAAGGUCGAAGACGAAGGCGUGAUUGGGAAAGGUGGCAAAGGUAUGAGUCUUGGCGAUAGCAAGUCUAACGAAGCCGAGGCGGCACUGGUCAGAAUGCAUGUCAGAAAUCUCGUGGCUGCCGGCGUAAAGCCUGAGGAUAUUGCAGUUGUUACGCCAUAUAAUGCGCAGCUCGCAUUGCUCGCUGGAAUGCUCAAAGAAGAGUAUCCUGGCAUGGAACUGGGAUCCGUUGAUGGGUUUCAAGGACGAGAGAAAGAAGCUGUCAUUGUCAGCACGGUGCGGAGCAAUGCAGAGCAUGAAGUUGGCUUCCUGGGCGAGAAGAGACGACUCAACGUGGCCAUGACACGCCCAAAGCGGCAUCUCUGUGUGAUUGGAGAUUCGGAGACAAUCAGCAAGGGUUCAAAGUUCCUCAAAGCGUGGAUGCAGCAUCUGGAAGAUCACGCUGAUCUUAGGUACGCCAAUGUGACGGAGGUAUACGGCGAUUAA